UAAUUGCUAGCAUUUGGCAAGUAUAUACUAAAAGUAGAAAGAGGUACUUAUACCCCCCCAAAAAAGUAGAAAGAGGUGGGGGAGAAAGCGAUGCCGACAAAUUCUUCGUUCCUGGAGAUCCGCCGCAUGUUUAAUCAGAUUUCUAUCAAGCUCUUCUAUAUUAAGAUAUGUAUAAGCUAUUACAUUUGCCUUUGCAGGGGGGCUGCUGUUGCCGCAGGUUUUGCAUAUGCCCAAUGGUUUGUACACUAUGCAGUGGUGGAUGUCUUGAUUACGUACUUCACAGAUACCUGGAAGGAAGACAAUCUCCCGAAUGCUGUUGCAAUGGUAAAUGUACUAGAGGGGUUGUCAUCUGUUUUGGUUCUUGCGAUGACUUACAUCUCUGAGAACCAUGUUAGUCGUCUCAAGGUCAUUCUCUGCUCAACUGCUGCCUACAUCAUUGGAAUGGUGAUGUUAUGCAUUUCUGCAUUCCAUCCGAUUCCUGGUGACAAGACCGGGAUGUACUUCGUACCUGCAGUGCUGCUGAUAUCUGUGGGAAAAUCCGGAGGGGUGCCUAUCUUGGAAGGAUUUCUAGUUGAUCAAUUAACGGCCCAUGAACGGAGGCUGGGCGAAGAUGAAGGCAGAGUAAACGCAAGAGAGACUGUGUGGUCACUGUGGUGGAUCACUGCAUCAUUAGUGUGUGCACUUAGCACUCCCUGGAUCUUCGGGAGCAAUCCUGAUUGGCUUGUAGUGUUCAUUUGUUCGAUAUCAGUGAUGGUCAUUGGUUAUUUGUUGUUCUUGUGUUGCAUUCCUCUCUACCACAGAUCAGUGGAUGACGCUGCUGCUACUACUGAUCUAGAAAUCGCCUGCUCUAACCCUAAAGAACAUACUAUAAACAAUGGUCUGUCUCCGGCGGUUUGUGCAGGAAGAAGCCUGGUGGAGCAAUGGAAACCUCUUUCUGUAAUGAUUCCCAUGUGGACUACUUUUCUGGUGUUUGGUUUGGUACUAUCAACAGGGGACACUUUCUUUACUGAGCAAGGAAACAACAUGGAUCCUACGGUCUCUAUUUAUGUUCUUAUAAUGAUUAGAAAGAUAAUCCGGUUUGCGAGCUCUUUCUUUACCACACUCCUGUUAAAAUGCAUACCUAAACGACUAAAGACACAGCGCAUUAUAGUUGGAAUCUGGACAGCGAUGGUGCUAUCCAUAUUCUGUUGUAGCGUGGCGUGGCGUGUCGAGAUUCGCAGGUUGCGUGCCAUCACGGAGUACGGAUUUUGCGCCAUCGAAGUUGACUAUGAUAUUAUACCCAUGAGUAUUAUGCGGCUGGCACCGCAGUUCUGCCUGCUGGCUCUCAUGGAAGGGAUUGGCAGAAAAGGCCUGGAUCUUUUCUUUGAGGCUCAGGUCUCUGAUGUGCCAAUGGGGAAAUAUGGAUCAGCACUAAAUGAAGCUGUGAUCGGGUUCGGAAGCUUCCUUAAUGCUGUGCUUGUUUACGGUCUCAAGAGCUGGUUCGGCGACACUUUAAACUGCAGUAGUCGCCUGGACAAUUACUACCAAAUGUUGAUGAUAAUGAGUUUUGUGAACCUGUGCUACUACUGGUUUGUCUCAAGUUUUUACUGGAACAAGAAGAAAACCAAAGACGACGUCGACGAAGAAGAAGAAAUAGUAGUACUACUGGUGGUGUAGUUUUAGGUAGGAGCAGCUUGGAGGGAAGGGGACACAACAAAUCUGUUACACGCAAUUCUUAUUGGUGCAUUUUUAUCCUGGCCUAGCUUUAUUUGUUGUUUGUUGAUUCUGUUGUUAUAUUCGUUCUUUUGUACUUCAAAAUCUCAUUUGUAUCUUCAUUAUGGUAGAGAACUUAUUUGGUUAUGAUCAAUGGAUACAAGGCUUUGUUUA